UUUCCAGGUGGCGAGCGUAACUGUGGAGUGCAUGAGCUGGUCUGCGUCAGAAAAGUCUCUCCAGAGGUGCUUGGGUUUCUGACAGCUAUUGGACUCUUCAUCAUCCUCAUGACCUUCCUCUUCUGGUACCUCAACAACAAGUUGGAACUAGAGAAUCCAGGGAGCCUGCAGUGCCUUGAUGAGUUCAGGAAAACCACAGAGCUGCAAGACAAGGCCUACCGUGAUGCCAACCUGCAGGGCUCAUCAUCAGACAGCGAGGAUGAGCUGAUGGGUCAGUAUCAGGAAGCGGUCAGCCGCUCCCAGGGCCUCCGGGGAGGAGCCAAGGCAGCCGCUAAUGUUAAGCAUGGAGGAGGCUUCAGCUGGGAGAGCCGGCAUAAGUACAGCCCCCUGAGUGCCGAUUAUGACGGCUACAGCAGCGAAGCUUCGGCCGACGACGUCAACUGCAUUCAGCGUAUGAGACGCACACCGCCACUGGAUGAGCUUCAGCCACCGCCCUAUCAGGAUGAGAAUGGCUCUCCACGGAUGUCCUGCACAAUGUCUGACCUGGGUGACGCCAAGUGUGAUCUGUCCCAAACCAGCGGUAGUCCCCACCUGUCCUUUGGAAAAUGUCCUAGUGUGGACAGUGACGACCAAGAGACUGAGAGUUACCUCAACAAGGGCUAUGAGGAGGAUGUACCCAGUGACAGUACCGCCGUCCUCAGCCCAGAGGAUAUGUCAGCCCGAGGAUCAGCAGCACGGCUCCCUAAAGGUUACGAACCAGAUCCCAUUGCAAAAUACGGCACUCUGGAUGUAGUGUUUGACUAUGACUCAGAGGAGCAGCAGCUGGCGUUGACCAUCAUGGCAGUAACGGACCUUCCCGCCCAUAAACGCACCGGCAACUUUUCCUGGCAGGUCCACCUGGUGCUGCUACCCACCAAGAAGCAGAGGGCAAAGACGGGGAUCCAGAGAGGCCCGUGCCCCAUCUUCACAGAGACCUUCCGCUUCAGCCACGUGGAGUCAGAGAUGAUCAGCAAUUAUGCCCUCCGCUUCCGCCUUUACAGUAUGCGGCGGAUGAAGAAGGAGAAGGUGCUCGGGGAGAAGGUGUUCUACCUCACCAAGCUCAACCUUCAGGGCAAAGUGUCUGUGCCAGUCAUACUAGACCCAUGCUGUGCUCUCCUGGCUGGUGAAUCCCAGGUCAGCCUCUCAGAUAUGACAUGCAGCGAAAGCGCCUCAUCAUUCCAGUCAGUAAGUCAGACUUCCACACCAGAGAUCCUUGUGGGCCUGGUGUACAACGCCACGACAGGACGUCUCUCUGUGGAGGUCAUCAAAGGCAUCCAUUUCAAAAACCUAGCUGCCAACAAGCCACCCAAUGGACUGUUCUGUUGUCUAAAACACUUGAUAGGUGGACAGGUUUAUAUUAUCAGAGAUACAUAUGUUAAGCUGACCUUACUGAACUCCAUGGGUCACGAGAUGUCCAAGUGUAAGACAUCCAUCUGUCGGGGUCAGCCCAACCCAACCUACAAAGAGACGUUUGUCUUCCAGGUAGCCCUUUUCCAGCUAUCGGACGUCACGCUCAUCCUCUCCGUCUACAACAAGCGCAGCAUGAAGCGCAAAGAGAUGAUUGGUUGGAUUUCACUCGGCCUCAACAGCUCCGGAGAGGAGGAGCUCACCCACUGGACACAGAUGAAAGAGUCCAAAGGACAGCAGGUUUGCCGCUGGCACAGUUUGCUGGAGUCCUAACAGCAACAGAAGAGUACAAUGAGGGAGUGCUUAGGGGUAACUGCACAGAGCAGUUGUUGUCCCAGAGGAGCGAGACAUGGAUUCAGCAGGGAAAGAGGAAUGUGACAGAACCAUGUGUUCAGUUUUUCAUCACAGCAUAGCAUAAGAAUUUUCAUGGCACUGUGUCUAAACUCACAUUGGCAUCCAUUGAUUAGUAGUAUGGAAAGAAAUGUGAUGUCAAGGGACACUCUGUCCUUGAACUGGUUAAGAUAUAGCCUGUUCCUAGAAGCAGGUCCUGGAUAAUAUUCAUGAGAAAAUUUAAGUCUGGUAAAUUAGUGUACCCACACCUCUGGCUCAAACAACGGUUGUCGGAUAAUCCUUAAUCUUCUCAUAGAGGCUUUAAUUAUGAUCCUUGAGCAAGUUUUGAAGGUCUCAGAGCAAAAAUCAUUGGUGUUCUGUGCAUUUAUAGAUCAAGUUUAUGUCAUUAAUUGAACCUUUCCUUUAGAAAAGCCACAAUAGAAAAUAAAUGGCCAUUGCUCACAUCAGCAAAUUCCUAGUUACUUUAAUGUUUAAGUCACAGUUAAAUGAAAAUGAGUUGUGAUCGCCUUCUUACUUGCCCAGUGAGCUCCUGUUACAUAGGCUACUAGAUAUAGCACAUACUUGAACAGAAUUUUGAUAAUUUUUUAAUCAGAAAAAGUCAUUUUACUUUGAAAAGGGUACAUUAAGUGUUGCAAAUAUGAAUGUUUGUAUUAUAUUCGACAGACAUUAAAACUGUGGUGGAAGAUCAUUUUCACAGUCUAUUUUGCUGUGAAACAUACAAGGUACGCAGAGGAAAAAGGCAAGACCUCUAAUCUGUAGAAGAGCAGCGUGGCCAGAAAUAUGUCCCCAUACUGGUAGAUAGUACAUCUCUUUAAUUUCACUGUAACUUUAAUUUCAAGUAUUUUUCAUAUCACAGUGAAAUGAUUUGAAACAUAUAAUGGGGUUUUAAGCAAUUUUCAUUUUUCAUACAUUUUUCCACAUCUUGCUAGCUAACUGUAGCAACUAUCUUGUUAAGGAAGUAAAUCAGGCAGCACCAGAGCCAUUAAGCUCUGAAUUUCACCAGAUGUCGGUUGCUUAAGCCAGAUGCGUGGUUACAUUAGGCUACCAUCAAUACGUAAAGUAUUCCGUUCAUUAUGUAUCAAUCAGAAUCAAGUCAUUACUAGGGACUAGAAACAGAAACACACCGACACAAAACAAGUUUCAUUAAUUUAUCCAAUAUUUUGGUUAAAUCACCCAUUUUACUUUGCCAAAGUGUAAUUUGCCAGUUGUUUCAGUCAAACAUAUGCAGGACUCUACGGAUGGAGGAACAUUGAAGGAUUUUUACAGCCUACAGAGAAUUGAUUUUGGAAGAGUUGAGUCCAAAUUAAAUUAAAGCCAUUUUAACGAAUUCUUCUGUCUCAGUCAACACUGCCGCGGUAAAAUAUCUCAACAUUUGUCUGAGCCUCGAACAAAACGCCACUUGUCUAAAUUUAGACGUCUUUUUCGAGCAAGUCAAAUUUAUGACAUCACUGACAGCCACAGUGUCACGGUUGACAUGAUCCCUGAGAGUCAGUGAACGUUUGAUAUUUUUGGAAAACUAUACUUUUACGGAUGCACUGACUGAGCUGUGUAGAAAUGUGUUGUAGUUACUGUGGUGGUUUGAUGAUCUUGAGUUUCCAUCGACCAAUCCACAGCUGCAGUGAAUGGCAAAGACAUUUUCAAAGGAAUCUCACGACACAGAUGUUACAGAUAUCGCUUGGAUAAAAAUAACUUAUUGACACAUCACAGAGUAAAUUAACAGGUGAGAAGAAAAUGUACCUGUUACUCUCUUUUGCCUGCUUUGGUGCUAUGUCAGUGCUGUGGCUGCACACACACAGAAUCCCUUGCCUUAUGCUUUAGUCAGUUCACACAUUAUUUCAAGUAGACCCAGUUGAAAAACGAACACGGACACACCCUCAGAGCACACACACCUGCAUCUAUGAUUGCAGAAAGCAUACACACAUAGGCGUGCACACAUACACACCCACACACACACACACACCGUACAGCACCAGUCAACCUUACCUUACCUUAAAGGGAGUUCAGACUGUUUUCAUAGGAGCCUCAGAAUGCAGACUGUGGGUUAUGGGUUGUAUUCUUCGCCGUGGACACUUGCUCACUUCAUUUAAUUUACAGUCAACAGCUAACACAUAUACAUAUACUCCUUACUGUGCCUGUAGUUGUGGUGAAAACUAGCUUUGUGCAGGGUUACCAAGAGUGUACGUGUGUGUGUGUGUGGGUGUGUGUGUGUGUUGAAUGGGAAGGUGCAGUAAAGGGAGCGUAGGGGGCUGUGAUAUCAGUAGUUGUUUCAUUUUCUUGCUGGGUGUGAUCAUUUAUAACUUUGUUUGCUGGUAUUUAGAACAAAACAAUCCACUUCUUGAUUGUCUGCCAUACAUUUUAUAUACAGUAAAUGUUUUCUUAUCUAUUUUUGUAACAAUAAUGGGGAAGAAAUUGUGUCAAGACAGUUAUUAGUGAAAUAUUAACCAACUCUGUGAGCAAUACAAUUGUGGAUUGCUUCUCGUUAUUAAAGUAACGCGAUUAUGUCUUAUAGCAGCUGGUCCUCUUUACAUUCUCUGUAAAGCCACAGAGCGCUGUGAUGGAGACCAGGGGAGCUCAUGUCAAACCAACCUGUCAAGACUUCUUAGCUUUGAUACUUUGGAACAGCGUGAAUCAAAAGCACAGCCUUUACAGCACAACGGUGAAACACACCAUGUGAAAGACUUAAAGUGAAAUCGGUCGUACAUGUCAAUCCACUGUUACAUGACCAUACUGUAUUAGCUGUAUUAUUUCCGCAAUCAAGGUAAAUCGACAGAAUGUGUGCGGGUAUAUACUGUAAAUGUGCUUGAACGGUGAACAUUUAUCAAUGGAUGUCUGAUGGCAGCCAUGUUUUUGUGCAUCUUAGUUUCUCCCAUGAUGAUGAAUGAAAAUGACUCUUCACUGAAAAUAAAUAAUACUAGAAAAGAUUAGUAACUGAAAAAUCUUUUUUGUAAAAUGUACACUCUAACCUUCCCCGGUAGAAUCACACAUUGUGUUAUUGCAUGCUUAACAUGCGAUUUAUUUAUUUAGAUGAUAAAACCAGGUAUUGCCAUCAAAUACGGGAGAAAAAGAAGGCCAAACAUUUUCUAUUUUUUUUAAGCAUCUGGAUACCUAAAUUGACCUUUAUUUAAAUAAUAACAUUUUUAGAAUAUAGAAUAUAAGAUGGGACCUCUGUCCUGUCAAGUUAUGUUCUGCCAGUCAAGUAAAACGUGUACACUUUUAUUGUGUUGUCUAACUGUAUUGAAAUUCAGACCACAUUCAUUUAAAAAAUGAUACGGAAAGUAAAAUAUUAUAUCAAAUGCUAUUAAUUUAGAGAACAUUUAAUGUAAUUAUUUAAUGUUCAGUAUUUAAUUUGAUUGCAACUGAUUGGUUAUCCAAGUGCUUAAAAGUAAUACAUUGUGGCCUUUCUUUGCCUCCAUACACAUGACACAGAGACCUGCUAGUUGAAGAACAUCCUCUGCCGAUGUUUUGCUUGUCUUUCGCAAGAUGUGUUUCACUAAUAAGAUUUUUAAACCAGAAUAUUUAUGCUUGGAAGUACGGUUUCUUUUUCUUUCAUUUUCUUAUGACUUUUCUGGUUUUUAACACUGGUUCUUAUUGUGGUUUUUUUCUUUUAGUUUUGAAAUGACCUAUGCCACAGACGGCAUCGGUGCCUUACUGUUUUUCACUCAGCUACCCUGUGUCACAGUGUCUUAAUGUAUUUGUAGAUGUACUUUCUUCUGUACUUCAAGCUGAGUUUGAGUUGUAAAAUGUCUUACAAAUUGAUUUAUGAUAGAGACGGUUUAUAUGUGAUAAAGAAUUAUUGUUUAAAAAAGA